UCGAAUCUGCUCGGUGACGGGGAGUAAAUUGAGAUAUAUAUAUUUCAAUGUACUGAUUGCGAAACUGUGUAGUCGUGUUGCCGACUUGUACUGUAGAUCAACCAGACGAAUGUUUUGAUGGUACUUUUAACAAAGUCCAUAUUUGGACUGGUGUUGGCACAUUAUAAAUUGCAGCUGAUACGGAAAUCGAAAACGCUUUUCGGCUGGUUAUUUUAUAAGGUAAAUAGUUGUUGAAGAUAAAUCGUAACAGCUAGCAACAAUGGCUAAACAAUGACACGGAACAUGGUGACUAACUAAAUAAUAUAUUCCGGAACCAGGUAGAAGAUACCGAUUGUGAAAGAAGUAUAGGUGACUAGGCUGGAUAAAGAAAAGUUAAAGGAGCAAAUCACAGAUAAAAUCAAACAGGCAUAGAGUAGUUUAGACUCGAGCGCCCUUUAAUAUCAUGUCCGAGAGUCUGUGCAGUGAGAGCGUAGUGGUUCCUAUACUGGACAUAAAGGAGGAAUUUGCUACAUGUGAAAUAUGUUUAGAAGAUUUUGAUAAUGACAGAAGAUCGCCAAGAACGUUACCUUGCUUUCAUUCAUUAUGUUGUGACUGUCUAGAACAGAUAUGGAACAAUUUGCCACAAGGUGUUCAAUGCCCCACAUGUCGACAGGCAUGGCCUGUUCAAGGUACAAUCAAAGAAACAUUUCCACAAAACAAAAUAUUGACAAAUUUAGUCGAGUACAUCGAGUUGAAAAACAAGCCAGAAGACGUGUUGUGUUGGCAGUGUCCAAAUAAGUCAAAUGCUGUGAUUCGCUGUUUGGAAUGCCAACAAUAUAUGUGUGAACUGUGUGCAGCAUGUCAUAAAGUUUCCAUUUUCAGAAAAAAGCACAAGACGGUUAGUAUUGCUGACCUGAUUACCACGCCUCUGGAGUAUUUCCAACAGAAAUCUGUAUGCAAAAUACAUGACGGCAUGAAGCUUGAUGUCUUCUGCAAAGCAGACGGUUGUCACACGCCAGUAUGCACUACUUGUGUUAUUUUGUCUCACCGAGAUCAUGACAUAUGUAAUGUUAAGGAGGUCUACAACAUGAAGAAGGAUAUGAUUAACUCGUCUCUGGAUGAUAUGAACAGAAGAACAAAGGCGUGUACAGCAUACAAGGACGAACUGGUUCAGCAGAAUUCUAGACUAGAAACAGUGCAGCAGCAGUUAAUAGAAGAUAUCGACACCCGCUACCAUCAAAUUCAGUUAAAGGUACAAGAAAGUAAAGAAAAAGUGAAAAGCCUGGUUCUUCAGAAUAUAACAGAACAAAAGAAAGAGAGGGAAGAGCAGAUAAGACUGGUUGAAGAAUCGGAAACACUAAAAUCAGCUCAUGCUCUGUACUGUCACCAAGCUGUUGCUUUUGCUAGAGAUGUGGACUUUAUUGACAUGUCCCAGUCACUGGAGGAGAAAAUCAAGUCACUAACUGGAAUACCAAAACUUCCUGACUUGAAGGUACAGGAGAUCGCAUUGGAGGCAGAUGCAUACGAAAGGCUGGAGCAAAGCAUAGAGGCGAUUUCUCUAAGAAUAGAAACAAGAAAUGAUGGAGCACGUGUAUCCAGCUUAACGUCACAGGAUCAAGCUCUACCCACAGAUGGAUUGAAUUGUUCAAGGACAUUAAGACAGCAGACAAACGAAUAUCCUGAGCAGAGUUCAUCUGACCAUGGAAGACAUCAGAAUAUGUCCAACCGAAAAAUAAAAGAGAUAAAAAAGAGGGAGAGAAAAUGGAGAAAAAUCAACAAAAACACUGAUGGGACCAAGACAUUCGAUUAUUUCUUUCCAGAAACACAGGUUGAUGAACCUUCCACACAAAUGUCCUCCUCAGACGAGUCUGAACCUGAGCAAGAGAAAAUGUCGAACCGAACAAAAAAGAAAAGAGAAAAAGACAGAUUAACUAUCGAUGGCGCUGAUGGGGUAAAGACAUUCGAUUAUUUAGGUCCACGGUACAACAGAUCAAAAAAAAAGAACACGAGUGGUGAAUUAAAAUCCGGCUGUCAACAAUCACGUUGGAGAAAUAGUAGGUUACAUUAAUGAGCAUACACUUUGUAUAUCCCUACAUAAUAUCAAACUAUUGUAUAAGAUUUUUGUUUUAAGAAGGCUGAACAACUUUCAAUGUAAAAUUGCUAAUUGAAAUGUUAUUGUUCGAUGACUUUGAAAGCAUCUGUUAAUAUUGAAACAUCGCCAUAGUACAUGUGCUUACGUGUCUGUAAAUGCACCCCGUGACCUUAUAAAUAUUUAUCUAAUUUGGAAAGUUAUCUGCCUGACAGUAUGUGAUCUGCACUAUAUCAUAUUGUGCAAUUAGAGGUAUUAUCCCUAUUCUAAUACUACACCUAUUAGGUCUAAUUGCAAACCAUUUUAUUGUGUUUUUAUUUUAAAAAUCACCAACAUCUUAAACAGGCAAUUAUCUAUUCUCCUUUCUUACGAUGUUCAAUGAAAACGCUUGUAAUAAAUUACAGCGUGGCGUAAUCUUUUUUUCCAUCUUGAUAUGACGUCACUGACUUAGGUGUGAAGCAGAUUUGUGACAAAUGUGUCCGUAGUUUACGAGUAAAACUACAACGGGGUUAAUAUUUAUUCUAUUUCCUUCGUAUGUCAUAUUAUAAUCGUAUGUCAUCUUAGCUGUGUUGUUAAACAAUUGGCUCUAAUAAAAGUACACCUCUUUCUGAUUGGCUAAUACAUUUCCCAGAAACCACUUUCUUCACUGUGGCUAUCCAAAAUGACGUCAUUUACGUUUAAUGUCAUUUUCAUUAAAAAAACAAAAAUAACCGUGACGGUGUCACAUACCAAGACAUCAUUUGAAUAUCGAAUAACUGAUGACUGAAAUUAUAGUUAUGGUCCGUCCCAUCCUACAAAAAGCGUUUUUGUUUUUCAUAAAUAAUUUUAGUUUGGUCUGACGUAAUAAGAAAAGUAAAGGUGUUUGUGAAAAUAAAAUUGUGCAAUUUAGGAAACAAUCGGUCCAGAAAGAAAUAACUUGUAAAUUUUAUAGUCUGUAAAAAAGGUCUUCCUUGUGGACUAUAAGUAUAUAGUUUACCAAAAAGACGUUAUACUAUAAAGAGGUUGUAAUGAAUAUGACGUCAUAAGGGUUCUGAUCAGGUUUUCAAGACGUCUACAAUGAAUACAAAUUACUCCGACUACCAAUGAAAGGCUGGUAGACAGGAUAUUUACUAGUUUAGCAUACUAAUUCUAUGGUAAUAAACACAAUAUUACAUUCGUGUCCAUGACAGACGAUGUUUACGAUACUUUUGCCCAAAUGAUCAUAUUUCCUUUGCUCUCGCUCGGGAAAUAUGAUAAUGUAAGGAGUCCUGUCAUAAACAUCGCCUGUCAUGGACAUUCAUAUAAUAUCCUCCUUUUUAACAUGAUUUGUUGGACUACUCGAUAUACUAACACAUAUUUUUUGUUAUUUUCUGUUAUUAUUGGAGUUUACUUGUGUGUAGCUGUAUUUGAACCUCAUAUUGAAUUAUUUCGAGGAAUUCGCUUGGACUAAUGUCUGACAAGAACCACGUUGAAGAGGUAGGCCUAACAGUUUAUAACUUGUUUAUAUUUUCAAUCACGUUUUUAAUAAUUACAUAAAAUAAUGUGUGAAAGCGAAAGUCUUAUUUUCAUGGGUCUUUUAAUGAUUGCAUAAACUAAUGUUAAUAUCUCAAAGCGAAAGUCUUAUUUUAAUGGGUCUUUUAAUGAUUGCAUAAACUAAUGUUAAUAUCUCAAAGCGAAAGUCUUAUUUUCGUGUUAUUUUUAAUAAUUACAUAAACAAAUGUUAAUAAGUGAAAGCAAAAGUCUUAUUUUCGUGUUUGUUUUGUUUGUGUUUGUGGGGUUUUUUUUUUUAAUAACUACAUAAAAUUAUGUUAAUAAAUGAAAGCAAAAGUCUUAUUUUCGUUGUUUUUUAACAAUUACAUAAACUAAUGUUAAUGAGUGAAAGUGAAAGUGAAAGUCUUAUUUUCGUGAUUUUUUAAAAAUAAUUACAUAAAAUAAUCUUAGUAAGUGAAAGCAAAAGUUAUUUUCGUGGGUUUUUCCCAAAGGUGGCGCUGGUUUACGGCUCUGAAUACUGUUUAAAAUUAUACUAAAAAAUCGAUUAUCAUUUCGAUGUCGUCUUCAUUAUCAAAUUAUUGCUCCAAAAGGUAUGUGUUAGAUAAAAAAAUGUCUUACUUCAGAUGGCGAUACAAUUAUUUUUGAUCAACAUACCUAGCUAGACGACCAGUCACGAAUCGACAGCUUUUAAACACCAGCGGACUGACACGCGACUGUCUGUGACACUCGGCAUCUUGCUAGACAAAGACAAUACCAGUUUCCACGUCAUUGACAACAACACCUGCGGACUGACACACGACUGUCUGUGACACUCGGCGUGUUGCUAGACAACGACAACACCAGUAUCCACGUCAUCGACAUCAACACCAGCGGACUGACAGGCGACUGUCUGUGACACUCGGCUUGUUGCUAGACAACGACAACACCAGUACCCAUGUCAUCGACAUCAACACCAGCGGGCUGACACACGACUGUCUGUGACACUCGGCUUGUUGCUAGACAACGACAACACCAGUGUCCACGUCAUCGACAUCAACAGCAGCGGACUGACACACGACUGUCUGUGACACUCGGCAUGUUGCUAGACAACGACAACACCAGUACCCACGUCAUCGACAUCAACACCGGUGGACUGACACGCGAAAGACUGUGAAACCCGGCUUGUUGUUGGACAACGACAACACAAGUAUUCACGUCUUCGACAUCAUCACCAGCGGACUGACAAGCGACUUUCUGUGACACUGGGCUUGUUGCUGGACAACGAUAACACCAGUAUCCACGUCAUUGACAUCAACACCUGCGGACUGACACAUGACUGUAUGUGACACUUGGCCUGUUACUACCAGUCUCUACGUGAUCAAACUAACACACACGAGCUCAAACAUGCACGUGUCACAGCCUCUUGAUGUCGGUGUUUGAUGUUCUCCACCCUCAAGUUUUCCAUAUGAGAGUUCCAACUAAAGUGUGCACUGUUGAUGUUACUAUUCCUAUCACUAUCGAUUACUAUUAUUAUUACUAUGAAAUGUUUUAUUUUUGUGGGAUUAUUUGUUCGUUGUUUUGCUAAAUUAGACAUUUCGUUGGGUACUAAAAUUAGAGGAUCGAAACAACAUCGUCAAAAAUGUUUUAUCCUUAAAUUCGUUGAAAGUAUUAGUCCAAGAAUUACACGAAAUUAGAUUACCGCGACGAAAAGUGAUUUCAUGGUACUAUUACUAUGUGUUAUUAUUAACGUCAAUCCUUAGACGAGCUAUGUCUCCCACCAAACCCAAUAGUUAUGAACAGUGGUCCAUGUUUUUCAAGUUAUCUUAGCACUACCAUAUAUGGUAAAAGCGUCGUAGAUCGCGACAUGCGUCAUCAUAACGUCAUAGCUUACGAAGGUUUUACAAUAACGUAACGCUAAAGCAGCUUUAAAAACCUGUAGCCCGUUUAACAAUUGGUAUGUACUGUUGUGUCAUGCUGUAUUGCCAAUUGGUUCCGUACUUAUAUAGUUCCUCAUUUUGUUCUCAUUUUGUUUUCUAUUUUGUGUUGUAAGCUUUUUAGUUUUUAUGUACUGUAAGGCAUACGGAAAUAA